AUGCCUGGCAACGAGGUGAUCUUCGACGGUGACGGCGAUGCUCGGCUGCACGUCGGCGCCGGCCGCUCCGCCAAUCCGGCCGUCUUUACCGUGUGCUCCCGGGCGCUGUCCCGGGCCUCGCCCGUGUUCGACAACAUCUUCCACGGCGACGGCGACGCACCGCAGCGAGACUGCUGCCCCUCCAGCGAGGGCCCUGCGCUCUCCGACCGCCUUGUCGUCGAGCUGCCGCAUGACGACCCGGCUGCCCUCGCCCUGCUACUUUACGCCGUGCACGCGCGCUUCGACCAGGUCCCGGCGCGGCUGCCGACGGACGCGCUGCACGCGCUGGCCGCCGUCGCGCACAAGUACGGUGCCACGGCGGUCCUGCGCCCGUGGACCGCGUCGUGGACGCGCCCGCUCGCCGCGGAGCCGGACGACGGGGGAGGCGCGGCGCUGGUCAAGGCCAUGGGCAUCUGCUGGGUGCUCGGUUGCCGCGAGGGCUUCUUCCACGCGGCGGCUGCGUUUGUCGAGCGCGCACCGGCGCCCGCGCUGGACGACCUGCAGAUCCCGCCCGACACGAUCGAGUACAUCUUGUCCGUGCGGCUCGAGACGAUCCGGCUGCUGUGCGGUGUCCUCCGGGAGAUGAUCCGGAACCUAAUCGUGGUGGACGAGGCGCCGAGGUGGUGUAGGCACGCGACGUGGUUCGGCCACCACCGCUGCGAGUCGAUGAUCCUCGGGUCGCUGGUGUCCGGGCUGUCGCGCGCGGGGCUCUGGCCGCUGCCGGAGGCGGAGGAGGUCAAGGGCAGCGUGCGGGAUCUGCGCGCGAGGCUCGACGGGGUGGAGGUGCAGGAUAUUGGACGGGCCGGGGGGGAGGAGGAGGGAGGAGACCAUGGCGAGUGCAACCCGAGUCAGCACCUGAGGGACGCGACGAGGGAGGUCAUGGAGGAUGUGCCGAGGAGGUUGGAGAGUAUCAUGUUCAAGACGGGGCAAUUAGAUUUGUCAAAGUAG